CUUCUAGUCCAAAAAUAAACUUCCACGAAUCACUUUAAGCCCAUUAUAAAUUGCAUAACACAAACCCAAUUUCCUUGUGAAAAAUCAAUAACAAACUUCAAAACAAAUAUACAACUUCAAAGCCAAACAAACUCAUUUUACCAAUCUGUUUUCUCGCAACAGCCAACCCCAUUUCAUAACCCAUUUCUACAAUAUUUCCUACAAUGGCUUCCAAGACAGAAGGCAAGGCCAUAGGCAUUGAUCUCGGCACAACCUACAGCUGCGUGGGAGUAUGGCAAAACGACCGCGUUGAGAUCAUCGCCAACGACCAAGGCAACAGAACCACCCCUUCUUAUGUCGCCUUCACCGACACAGAGCGGUUGAUCGGCGACGCGGCCAAGAAUCAAGUCGCCAUGAACCCACAGAACACCGUGUUCGACGCUAAACGACUCAUCGGUCGGAAAUUUUCCGACCCUUCUGUACAGAGUGACAUGACGCACUGGCCUUUCAAGGUCGUCCCCGGCCCCGGUGACAAGCCCAUGAUCGUCGUCCACUACAAAGGCGAAGAGAAACAAUUCGCGCCCGAAGAAAUUUCGUCGAUGGUGCUGACGAAGAUGAAGGAGAUAGCCGAGGCUUAUUUGGGUCAGUCCGUGAAAAGCGCGGUGAUCACUGUCCCUGCUUAUUUCAACGACUCGCAGAGGCAGGCGACUAAGGAUGCUGGUGCGAUUGCGGGGCUUAAUGUGUUGAGAAUCAUCAACGACCCCACUGCUGCCGCCAUUGCUUAUGGGCUUGACAAGAAGGCCUCGAGCAGCGGUGAGAAGAAUGUUCUGAUUUUCGAUCUCGGCGGCGGAACAUUCGACGUCUCGCUACUUACGAUCGAGGAAGGAAUCUUUGAAGUUAAGGCCACGGCGGGGGAUACUCAUCUCGGAGGUGAGGAUUUCGAUAACAGACUCGUCAAUCACUUUGUGGCGGAGUUCAAGAGGAAGCACAAGAAGGACAUCAGUGGCAAUGCUAGAGCCUUGAGGAGAUUGAGAACCGCUUGCGAGAGAGCGAAAAGAACGCUUUCUUCCACCACUCAAACAACAAUCGAAAUCGAUUCCCUCUACGAAGGAAUUGAUUUCUACUCGACGAUUACCAGAGCUAGAUUCGAAGAAAUGAACAUGGAUUUGUUCAGAAAGUGUAUGGAGCCAGUGGAGAAGUGUUUGAGGGACUCGAAGAUCGACAAGAGCCAAGUUCAUGAUGUGGUUCUCGUUGGCGGGUCGACGAGAAUUCCGAAAGUUCAGCAACUACUGCAGGAUUUCUUCAACGGCAAGGAACUCUGCAAGAGCAUAAACCCCGACGAGGCCGUCGCUUAUGGUGCUGCGGUACAAGCCGCAAUUCUGACCGGAGAAGGGAACCAGAAAGUCCAAGACUUGCUUCUCCUCGACGUUACGCCUCUAAGCCUUGGAAUUGAAACUGCCGGUGGCGUAAUGACCGUCUUGAUCCCGAGAAACACGACGAUUCCGGCGAAAAAAGAGCAGAUUUUCUCGACAUAUUCCGACAACCAGCCGGGAGUACUAAUUCAGGUUUAUGAAGGCGAGAGGGCGAGAACCAAAGACAACAACCUUCUCGGGAAAUUCGAGCUCACCGGCAUCCCACCGGCGCCUAGAGGCGUUCCUCAAAUCAACGUCUGCUUCGACAUCGACGCCAACGGAAUUCUGAACGUUUCGGCGGAGGACAAGACUGCGGGAGUGAAGAACAAGAUCACAAUUACCAAUGACAAAGGAAGGCUGAGUAAGGAAGAGAUUGAGAGAAUGGUACAAGAGGCUGAGAAGUACAAGGCUGAGGAUGAGCAAGUGAAGAAGAAAGUGGAGGCAAGAAAUGCGCUCGAGAAUUAUGCGUACAGUGUGAAGAAUACGAUAAAGGAUGAGAAAAUCGGAGGGAAAUUGGCGGCGGCGGAGAAGGAGAAGAUUGAGAAGGCGGUGGAGGAGACGACGGAGUGGGUGGAGAGGAAUCAGUUGGCGGAAGUAGAUGAGUUUGAGGACAAGUUGAAAGAGUUAAAGGGCUUGUGCAAUCCCAUUAUUGCCAAGACUUACGGGCAGGGUUCUGGGCCUGGAGGAAUGGGUAGUGGUAGUGGGCAGCCCACCUCUGGUGGAUCUGGGUCUGGGUCUGGGCCCACCAUUGAAGAGGUCGACUAAAUCAAUUAUGUGUGAGGGUUUAUGUGAUAUGAUGGAGAGGCAGCAAUAAAAUGAAAGAAUGUAUGAUGGAGAAUCAUGAAAUGGUGUUUGCUUUCUACAUUAGAAAUAUAUUUAUGAUAAAGUAAUGUU